AUGGAGUUGGAACCACCAAGGACGGUCAAGGAGGUCCAAAGUUUAAAUGGGAAGAUCGCAGCACUGAACAGGUUCGUCUCAAGGGCAACAGAUAGGUGUUUGCCAUUCUUCCGAACUCUGAGAAAGUCAUUUGAAUGGACGGAUGAAUGCCAAACGGCUUUCAACGACUUAAAGACGUAUCUAUCGUCUCUACCGCUGCUCAGUCCGUCCAUACACGGAGAGGAACUCUAUCUUUAUUUGGCAGUCUCGAGUGCCGCUGUAAGCGUAGCUUUGGUAAGGGAGGAGGACGGUAUACAGAAACCCAUCUACUUUACUAGCCGCGCGCUCUGUGGAGCAGAAGAUAGGUACCCUCAGUUGGAAAAGUUGGCUUUCGCGUUGGUAAUUGCUGCUUGGAGGCUUAAGCCAUACUUCCAGGUGCAUACAAUCAUUGUCCUAACAGACAAGCCGCUGAGAAGAGCCAUGCAUAGCCCAGAAGCAGCAGGAAGGAUGGCCUUGUGGGCAAUAGAGCUAAGCAAAUUCGACAUCCAGUACCGCCCGCGGACGGCCAUAAAAGGACAGGCAGUAGCUGACUUCAUCACUGAGUUCACACUCGGGGAGGACCAGAGGGUAAAAAAGAAGGAACAGUGGAGUAUCCACACGGAAGGAUCCUCAAACAGACGAGCCGGAGGAGCCGGAGUAGUGAUUAAAACUCCGCAGGGGGACACGAUACAGUGCAUGAUCCGACUGGAUUUCCCAACAACUAACAACGAGGCAGAGUAUGAAGCCCUGGUUGCAGGGCUAGACCUUGCGAGGGCCGCGGGUGCAAAAAGCAUAAUUGUCCACUGCGAUUCACAAGAGGUCACAAGUCAGAUCAAUGGCAGCUAUGAGUGCAAGAACGAUAGAAUGAAGAGAUAUCUGGAAGAAGUGAGGUACCGAAUCAACAGCCUCGAUGUCGAAUUCAUUCAGGCCUCGAGGGAAGAGAACAAAUGGGCUGACCAACUAGCAAAAGCUGCAUCAGCCGAAUUCAUGUUGGUUCCCGAACAGGUAUUAUCAUUCGUCCAAAUAUCUUCACUUAUCGAUGACGGGACAAAUAUGCAGGUAGUGAACUCUGAACACAACUGGACCACGCCAUUAAUCUCCUACCUAAGGGACGGGGUGUUACCAGAGGAAAAGGGCGCCGCAAGGAAGCUGAAGGUCUAG